AUGUUGACAUUGCCUUAUCUAAUUUCUGAUUCUUCUGAAGAAUCCUCUUAUGAAAGCGCCCAAUGUUCUCUUCAGAAAAUAGAAAAACAUGUUGAACCUAAUAACAUCAAAGGAAAACAAGUAAAAAAACAAAAAUUUGAAUUAGUUCAUAAGUAUCUUGAUGAGCUUAGUAAUGAACUCGAAAUUUCCAAGUUCUGCAAGAGAUGUAAAGAUAAAUUGGAGGAGGAAAC